AUUUCCACAUCAGCGCCUUGACCUCUGCUCCCUGCUUAUCUUCAGCAUCGUUCCGGGUACAAAAUAUCGAGCCUUCAGGAUGUCCAGUAAGACUCUCGGGUUUAGAUACCCCAGCAGAUAGCUCCGACUUGCAGAGCGUGCAGUAAUGUCGGCGGGAUGUCCACUGCUCAAUGUCGCCUCCAUGAACGAAUUCGUCGUUCACAUAAUCACCUCGACCCUGUUCCAGCAACUAUUUCCCUUUGUUGUUCUUUUCGUUUUUCCUUUCAUCGCAUUCUUUCUUAUCCAGACAGGACCAAGAAUACGCUACUUUGCAUCUCCCGUCAUAAUGGUGCUCGAGAAUCUGAUGCCCUGGAAUUGGGGAAGAUCCGGGAGCCCCGGAAGUGGAAGGGCAAGUCACCAUAAGAAAAGAAGCCGGAAAAAGGUCGCCAGGACUGGUUCAGCAGUGGAACUUGGCCGCCAGUCCGAGGGAUCAUACGAUGGGUAUUAUCCCGGGCUAGUCAAUAUCUCUGGGACGUAUUGCUUCAUGAACUCCACAGUACAAGCACUGUCUUCAUUGUCGUACCUCCAACCACACCUAGAUGCCAUACAUCACAAAGCGGAACUUCUGGACGUCCCAACGCCUGUCAUUGAUGCUCUCAGAGCUUUGUGCCAUCGUUUGAAUACCUCACAUUCUAAACCAUCCUCAAUUCAACCUCUUGACCUCAUUUCGAUUCUUUCCGAGACCUCAGGCAGGUCUAAUUCUCUGUUUGUCUCUCGAGAGCAUCAAGAUGCCCAAGAACUUUUUCAGCUUCUCUCGGAGCGUAUCAAAUCUGAGAUAUUUGCUAUCGACAAGGAAGGUAUCAGAGACCGUGGUCUCAGUGGAUUUUCACAGGCGACAGAAGUCAAAGAGCUAGGAAAGACCGUCUUUGACGGUUUGACGGCUAACAGACGAAGUUGUGUCGUUUGCGGCUAUGCCGAGGCUGUAAUGCACUUUCCGCUCGAUAACUGGCAAUUGGCAGUUCCUCAAAUGGCUUCCACCUGCUUAUUAGAAGAUUGUUUUUCUGAUUAUACCAGGCUGGAAGUUCUCCGAGAUUGUAUAUGUCGGAAAUGUUCGUUAUUCGCGACUGAGAAACGCCUGUUGGGCGAGAUCGAGACUCUAUCGAAGGUGGAGAAUCCAUCCAAUUCGAAGAAGAAGCGGCUGAAGGAGUUCAAGAGGAUGCAAGCUAAAGUUAAGGCUGUGAUCGAGGAAGGUCGAAUAGAAGAGGAUCUACCGGACGUUCGGUUAGAAAAGAUUGUUAGCCCUAUGUCCACCAAGCAAGCCAUGAUAGCGCGGCCUCCUGCUGUUCUCGUUCUGCAUAUCAAUCGCUCGAUGCACUUCACCCACUAUGCGGCCAAGAAUAGCGUGCGGGUUCUUUUCCCGGAGGUUCUUGACCUAACCCCUUUCACAACAUCCGGAAGUCUCUCCAUGAUCCCCACCUCGUCGAUGUCCCCCUCCCCACCUCCUCAGCGAUCGUCUCUCUCUCCCUCCGCCAUGAUUCCUUCCAGAUCAGGGACGACGACCCCGAUACCCGAUGCACAACGGGAUACAUUGUCACGUACCAUAUAUCGACUUGGUGCAGUUGUCUGUCACUAUGGUGCACACUCCUUUGGGCAUUAUGUGUGUUUUAGAAGAAAACCGAGAGUCGGCAAUGAUGGUGAAAGAUGGAAGCCCCCCAGGUUGGUUGUCGAAACGGCAGUGAAAAAGGAACCCCUUGUCGAACCAGAUCUGAGCGGAGACUUGAGCGGGACAGAAGAGAACGCUGAAGGGUUCGAAGAGUACGUUUGGGACGAUUUUGAUCCAGCUACUGCUCCUGGGACAGGCAGAGGAUGGCUCAGAGUGUCGGAUGAUUCUGUUGCGGAAUGUGGAAUCGAGAGCGUGUUGCAGGAAGGAUCGGGGGCGUUCAUGCUCUACUAUGAACGUGCUAUUAUAUCGCCAUCCCCCUCAACACCAUUGGUUAACAAUACCAAUUUGAACGGUAGUGCGCAGUACGAGAGUCCCUAUCCAGUGAGGAAUGGGAUUAAUGGCGGAUAUCAAGGGGUCGGCGUGGGUGUAGGAACUCCCUUGGACUCGGAAGAAACUCUGAGGCCAGAGACGUUGACUACGAUGUCGUCGAUAAGUGUAAACACCCAAGACAGUGUCAACUCAUUGGACAAUUUCAUGGAAAGUGGGAAAGAAAAGGCCUCCUUUCCUCAUAUACCAGCAAGCGUUGGAGCUGGUUCUUGGAGUGGCAGUAGUAUAAGUGGAUCACCUCCGGUUCUUGGAGCGAGGGUAAUCAGGAGUGUGGCCGCCGGCAGAGGGAAACGUGGUUCAAGUGCAGCACCCUCCCUCAAGGGCUCGGCUACUUUGUCGGCAAGCCUCCCUGCUAUCGGUUCUUCUUCCACGCCAUCUGGGUCGCCACGAGAAUCUUCCUCCGGGUUUUCAUCACUCUCGACCACGAAACCCAUACCUGUACCCAAUGGAUAUUCUCACCAAAAAGCUCGCGAGCUAGAUGGUUUUGAAUCCAUCGACUAUGACGAAACAUCAAUAAACAAUAUCACCACUCGUGUUUCAUCUCUCCCUGCUCACUUACCUCCGAGCUCACUCUCCUCCUCCUCAGCGAAUGCGACAUCUCCCACUUCCACGUCUGAUACUCCUAACAAGUUCGUUCCAUCUCAAUCUUCAUCAGCAAGUAAACGGAAAAAGAAGCACAAGGCCCAAACUCAUACAGCUCAGCCUCCUGCUGUGGUAGACUUAAAAGCGUAA